UGCUCAUCAGAGCAGGUACAGAAAGUACCAUCUCUGCUUUGUGAAAUCUGUAGUCAGAAUCAGGUCAUCAAAGUGCGACAACUGGCUGCUUUUUCACCUUUUAAUGAGGUAUUAUUUCUUAAUAUAACAUGUUACUCUGGCUUCAUAUUAUAUAUUUUACUGUGGCUGCAUAUUUAGUUAUUAACAUAAUUAUAAUGAGCUUUUUAAAUUUCAAGUUAUUGUGUUUCUUUUUUUUCAAAAUGAUUCUAGCAUUUAAAAAUAUGAUAAUAUAUCAACACUUAAAACCCCUGUCAUUUAUUGUUUAUCCUUUAAAACAUUUAGAUUUUAAAACUGCAUUCUUGUAACCCUUGUUUUUUGUUUUUUUAAAGUUUGAAUAUGAAAAGGAGAUUGACAUGUACAAGGACUACUUAGAAAAUGUGUACACCCUGUGCAGCAAGUGUCAGAAAGAAGUAGAUGAAUAUUUAAUUACUCAAAAUUCUGAAAUUGUUGGCAAAAUGGAUAAAACUCAAAGGCAAAUUCUGGACAGUUUACAUCAAAAAGGAGAUCUUAGUGUAAAUGCUCCUGAAAUGGUGAGUGAGAUAAUAUGUUCUUUCAAUGUGUAAACUAAAAUCUUAGCAACGACAUACUCCAUUGUUAUAACAAAGUAUUAUAUUCUUCACAAAAUUUUAAAUGAAAUUUUGUUUCCUUACCAGACUUACCUCGGUUAACUAUCACAAAGUUUACACCACUGAAAUGUUACAUUAAGAAAUGGGGUCAGCGGGGCGAGUCUAGACUCUUAUGCCCCCCCCCCCCCCCCAAUUACCCCCCCCCGGUCCGCCGUAUCGGGCCCCGGAACGGCAAGUUGGAGAUGCCCNAGUGCACUCGAUCGACUUUCUCAGGAGUUGGGAUGGAAAAAUUUACGUCCUAAUAUCUUCCCCCACCCAUCCCGGGAAAGCGUCGGACGCCCUAUAAGAGGGAUUCCACAGUGGGUUUCCACAACGCGACUAGCUCACGCUGUAGCUGGGACGAAACGGUUGCCUAGGGGCAGCGUGCUCACGGCUGCAUUAUUUGAAUCCUCGGCCAGAGGUUACCACCCUCGCCUCUGGCCUCAUACCCGUCAGCGGCAACUUGUAAUCAUGAUCCCUACCCUGGCUCUGCCUAACUUUCCGACUGCAAAAUAUCACAGCCGGCAGCCCUGUGGGAGCUGUUUUAUGUACCGAGCACACCCUUUGUCUGAACUCCAUUGUCAGAAGAAAGAAUUGUUGUGCGAAAGUUAAAAGCAUCACUUAUGAAGUAUCGUAAUAUAUGUCGCAAUAUAAAACAUCAGUGUGAAGCCCAAAUUACAAAAAAGAAAUGAGUCUGUGAACAAAAUAAGAACUACUUUUGAUAUUUCACACUACAACGCACCACUCAAUCUGAUAAAAUUUGAAGAAGACAAAACAUUUCUUAUUGAAUAGCGCUCUCAGAGGAAAUAUGUUAAGGUUAUAGGUGAAACUAACACAAAAUUAGAAAGAAAUAAAGAAAAAAAAGCUUUGUUAAAUGAAGAAGAAAUCAGAAAACGUGUUGCCACUUAAAGUUGUAACACUAAUACUGUCCAAAUAUUCAGAUAAUGAUACUGAACCUUGUGAGGAAGACAAGGAAGUAGUUUUUAACGGUCCAUCAUCCUCAAAGUCAGUCAGAUGUAUUGAUUUAUUAAGAUAUUUCAAGACUUUCUGAUAAAUAGAAAAGUCCAAUUAUGAAACUAAGGCUAAAAAAAAAAAGUAAAAAAAGAAAGAAAUCAGAAAUUGUGCAGUCACUGAAGUUGUCACACUGUCCAAUUAUUCCGAUGGUGAUGGUAACCUUAUGAGGAAGAUGAGGAAGUAGUUUUUAAAGGUCCAUCUUCAUCAAAGUCAGUCAAGCGCAAUAACCUUAUUUCGUCUGUGAAAAUCUUUCACAGCCUGUAUUUAACAUCAUUUUGGAGUGGGAACUUCAGAAUAAAGUGGUCUUUAUGUCAUUUUACGCAACAGCAUCUAAUAAAGGAUGGCUGAAUUUGUGCUUUUAUUUUUAUACAGAAUAAAAUAAAAAAGAUGUUACUAUGGUUGCCAUGCAAACAUAUUCUAGAACAGUGGUUCUCAACCUUCCUAAUGCCGCGACCCCUGAAUACAGUUCCUAAUGUUGUGGCGACCCCCAACCACAAAAUUAUUUUCACUGCUACUGCAUAACUGUAGAGUACAUUGUUUUUGGAUGGUCUUAGGCGACCCUUGGUAAAGGUUCAUUGGACCCCCAAAGGGUCGCGACCCACAGGUUGAAACCACUGUUCUAGAAGUUCCUUGUGGGGAUAUAUUCAAAUCAAAUCUAGAAGUUCUUUGUGGAAAUAUAUUCAAAUCCUUAUUUGGUUAAACAUCAGGCCCCAAUUUAUUGAUUUUUAAGAGAUUUGAGGACUUUCUGAAACCUGUGAAGAUGUUAGACUAAAUAGAAAUAUGUUGGUGCUUAAAAAUCAAGCAAUUGAGUUUGUAUUAGUUGUGCUGCAAAAUGAGUCUGAUACUAUACCAUGAGAUUAAUAUCUUGAAAUUUCAGAGCUUACACUUAUUUUCUUAGGAAAGAACCCCCAUAAGAUUUUGUGGUAUAAGAUUUCAUGCUCCUGGUGCCUACCACCAUACCUGGUGGAUGUCAAAGCUGCUCUAUGUGCUGAAAAUUUACAUGUUUUGAAAACAGUUUCAAAUGACAUUAGAUACGUUUGUUGGUCCAUCCUUUUCUCACUUCUUCAAAAUUUAAAUGUAUAAACCACCAUUCUACAUGAAGACAUUGUUACCUGGAAAAAAAUUAAACUCGUUUUUAUUUACAAGCAAAGACAGUUGCCAGAUCACUGACAGUUGUAAAUGACUGUGCAGAGAGAUAUGGAACUUGCAACUACUUUCAGCACUUCCAUUUCCAUAACCUAGAAUGAAGAAAGAAAACAAUUUCUCCUUCAAAUUUUUUAAAGCCACAGAAAACGUCAUCCAAAACCUACCAAGUUGGUGAUGUCUUCUGUACCAAUAAACUUUAUGACCUAUUGUGUUUUUAUUUGCAGUAAAAUGUCAUUUACAUUGCAUAUAUUUCUGAGAUGAUAUGAUAAAAUGCCUUUAAAUGGGCUAUGUUAUAAAAAACUUUAAGCCUUCUGAGUCAGUACUCAGACUUCACUUUUGCUUUGAAAUUUGUGUUAUUUGUUCACUAAAUGGAAAUAAAAAGCGUAAGUGCACAUGAAUAUUUUUUACUUGAAGUACCCUUAUGUGCACCUCAUGAUAAUCAAAUAAAGAACAUUUUUAACCGUAAAAAAUGUGUAUGCAAUUUUCCUCAGGUCACUCGUAAUAACAGACAUCAGAAAACCAUCAUAUUAAAGAUGAUUUUCUUUCUGAGCACAUUGUUUCCAGUACUUCUCCUCAUUGCAAAUCUCAGGCUAUACCUGGGGUCAUCUACUUCAAUGCUUGGCUCACAAAGUACUGGUUAUUUUGGCCAGUUCAGUAGCUAUCUGGUCUCAUCUAUACCAGCAAGACUUGCCCUAGAUGUGGAAAGUAAGGCUGUGUUCUCAGGAGCUGUUGUUUGUUUGGUUGGGCUCUUCUGUACAGGAAAAUACAGGUAGGUGCUUGUCUUGUGAUUUCUGAAGAAGUUAGUUGAGGUGGUUUGUAAUUCCAGGUGGUGUUCUCAAUAAAUUCUGUUUGUGCAACAUUUCAGGGGUCUGUGCACAUAAUUCAGAAGCAAAAUCUUUGGAUUGUCCUGACAUCCAAAGCUAAGUAUGCAGUGCAUAUAUUAACUCUGGAUUGUCCUGACAUCCAAAGUUAACAGAUAUGCAGUGCAUAUAUUAACUCUGGAUUGUUCUGACAUCCAAAGCUAAGUAUGCAGUGGAUAUAUUAACUCUGGAUUGUCCCGACAUCCAAAGCUAAGUAUGCAGUGGAUAUAUUAACUCUGGAUUGUCCUGACAUCCAAAGCUAAGUAUGUAGUGCAUAUAUUAACUCUGGAUUGUCCUGACAUCCAAAGCUAAGUAUGCAGUGCAUAUAUUAACUCUGGAUUGUCCUGACAUCCAAAGCUAAGUAUGCAGUGCAUAUAUUAACUCUGGAUUGUUCUGACAUCCAAAGCUAAGUAUGCAGUGCAUAUAUUAACUCUGGAUUGUCCUGACAUCCAAAGCUAAGUAUGCAGUGCAUAUAUUAACUCUGGAUUUGUCCCGACAUCCAAAGCUAAGUAUGCAGUGCAUAUAUUAACUCUGGAUUGUCCUGACAUCCAAAGCUAAGUAUGCAGUGGAUAUAUUAACUCUGGAUUGUCCUGACAUCCAAAGCUAAGUAUGCAGUGCAUAUAUUAACUCUGGAUUGUCCUGACAUCCAAAGCUAAGUAUGCAGUGCAUAUAUUAACUCUGGAUUGUCCUGACAUCCAAAGCUAAGUAUGCAGUGCAUAUAUUAACUCUGGAUUGUCCUGACAUCCAAAGCUAAGUAUGCAGUGCAUAUAUUAACUCUGGAUUGUCCCGACAUCCAAAGCUAAGUAUGCAGUGCAUAUAUUAACUCUGGAUUGUCCUGACAUCCAAAGUUAACAGGUAUGCAGUGCAUAUAUUAACUCUGGAUUGUCCUGACAUCCAAAGUUAACAGGUAUGCAGUGCAUAUAUUAACUCUGGAUUGUCCCGACAUCCAAAGCUAAGUAUGCAGUGCAUAUAUUAACUCUGGAUUGUCCUGACAUCCAAAGCUAAGUAUGCAGUGCAUAUAUUAACUCUGGAUUGUCCUGACAUCCAAAGUUAACAGGUAUGCAGUGCAUAUAGUAAUUGCACUAGAUAACUGUUUCCUAGGCUUAAAAAAUACUUUUUCCACAGUAAAAUUUUCAGUCAAAAUAAUUGAACUUUUUUUUCAAGUACAUGGUUGAAUAAUUAGGAGGAAAAUUUAACGAUUAAUAAUAUUUAAAAAUAAAAAUACAUAGAUUUUGUAUGCUCUACAAGCUGUUGACUGGGUUAAGGGGAGUAUUAGCUCAGACUACAAUCCCCAAGAUAAGUAGAGCAUAUGUAAUACUGUUAUUGUAUUUAACUGAGUUUUUAUUAUUAAAAGGAUGUAAACAUCAGUAUGGUUUUAUUUGAUUAGGUUGUUGAAAGAAUGCAAUUUUAUCAUCCCACCAGGCUGUAUCCAGAAGAUGCACUUCACUUACUGUUGUGGUUGCUGACAACAAUAAAUGACUUCUCUUUACUGGCUGUCCCAUUUAGGUGGACCAUGACUUUGAACUUUGUGACCCUAAUCAUCUCAAUCAAGUGCUGUGUUCGGAAUCGUAUACCUAGAAAUUUUUCAUUUGGUACAGUCCAAAGGUAAAGGUGAUUUAAUAUGUGGAUAUUAAAAAAAAAUUUUAAAAAUUGUUUUAGAACAUGGAUGUGAUAAGGAAAUGCUAUGUGUUCCAUUACAAGAAAAAUCUUGCAAAUCCGUAUCAGUUGCUUAAAGGAAGUGUAGCUCAGCAAUUAUAUAAUCUACAUGGUACUGCACAAAUUUGCAUAAUUUUAAAGUAGUUACAUCAUGGAAGUAGCAAAGAUGUUUAUUGAUUCCUGUACCCUUACCUGUGAAACAAAUUUUAUAAGCACCAUAGAGAUUCUUCUGUUCACUAACAUAGUAUUGCUUGGAAUUUUGGGGAUGACAAAUCUGCCCAACAAGCUGGAAGUAAACAAUAAGAUUUGCUGUUUGGGGAAGAUAAUAGUAGUGAUAACAGGGUUCUCAUUAAGUGAAAGAAGAUCAAUAAUGUCUUCAACUUGCACACAUUUUUUUUAAGAUUACCCCAAAGUGGUGAUUAGUUUUAUAAUCUUUGAGUUUUUAUUUUAGGAAAACUUUUUCAAGAAAAAGUGUUUCCACCGUUGUUUCUAAUGAAAACAAGGAAGCUGUCCAGGAAGAAGCACCUCAUUCUGGUGAUGUUUCAAAGUUAGAUUCCAGCUUUAAAUCUGAGUUGCCUGUUGUGGCGGAUGAUAAAAGUCCUCAUUUUGAAACAGUUCGACAAAAUCUUGAGUCAUUU